UAUAUUUGGUAACCUAACCUCAACGACAUUUCAAAGAGUUGAUUCGUUAUUAAUCAUACAUAGGUGUCGCGUGAAUCCAACGGAUUUUUUGUAUAUGUCGGUAAAACAGUUCUGUUGGGUGGUGUCGCCUAGUGGUAAUCUCAAUAUUAAUUCGAUCGGUAUGUAAGGUAUCUCUGUAUUUCUAGUAUCGAUACUUUGACGAAUGGUGGCGUUAAUGAUAACUUUCGUAGAUUCGCUUUGAAUUUCGCGCCAUUGUCAUGUCUUUUCAUGACCUCAUAACAUCUACUUAGUUACAUCCUGUUUUUUAUCCCUCAUCGAGAUUCAUGAAAUAUUGAUUUUUGAAUGCAAGUUACAGAAAGAACUUCUCUUCUCUUCUAUCACAGCGCGAAUUCAUUCGCGCGCGAAGUCGGUUAGAAAAAUGAUCCAUUAAAAUAACGCGUUGAAAUCUUACUGCACUUACGAAGGCUGAAAAAGUGAGCGGUCUUGCGUCACUAAUUGAAUUCAAUUUCAGUGCAGUUAAAUUCACUGCACCGCGUGCUAUUUUAAGAAAUCAUUUACCGUGUCACCUUUACGAUAAGACAUAUUCCGUUCAAAGUAGGUACAAGAGAGCCGCUUAUUAUAUUUUUUAUAUGCAUAUUAUAAAAAAGAAAAAGAAGAUAAAUAGAAAUUAUUUCUCUUUCUUAAUAAUGAUCCUCCAAUGUAAGAACCAUCGAUGAUCUCGCAUUCGGUUGUAAUCAAAUCUGACGAGAAAGGAAUAAAUGUCAAGGUCUUAAAAAAAAGAAGAAGAAAAGAAAAGAAACAGAAAUAAAAUGCGCGCGAUUCCGAAUAAGGAAAGAUUUCGAUGCCGUUAACGAGACCCGAGAGAGUCAGGGACAAUACACGUGAAGUAUACUUUGCCCCACCUCAACGCCAUUUUCUUUCUCUAUGCGCUAGAAUAUGAGUUAAGUAAUGAACACUGUUAGGACGAACAUUCGUUUUAAUGUAAAAUUUAUUAAAGUGCAUUGAGGGGGAAACAGUGGGAAAAAUUUUUUUGAUAUGAUUCGUUGAUAUGAAAUCGAUUUGUUCGACACAAUAUAAAUUAAACGUUCGAUAGAUAUUCAAUGGCGUGGUAUUGUUCAUUCGUUUUUUUCCACACGACGGAUUUGCGGCAGGAAACAACCGCUUAAAUUUAAUGUUCAAUAGACCGUAGAACACGAGAGAGAAAGAGGUAGACCCCCGAACUGAUUAUUUUAAAACACCCGCCUUAAUCGGGAUGUGAGUAAAAUAUAUAGAUUAAAAUUUCAAUGAAAACUCGUGCUACUUUUUUUUUUACGUUAGUCAAGAUACCUCGCGAGUUUUUCACGUACGACCGAAGAUCAAGGCGAAGAAGGUAACGCGGAUAUAGAUAAAAAAAAAUGGUGCAUAACGAUCGCGUUCGAUGCAUAGAGAGGAGUGCAUCGCAUAUCUCAGUGUGUAUAUAUGUUUGCAUGUAUGCAUGUAUAUAUGCAUCACGGCACGUAGGAAAUCGGCUCGACUUCCUAGUGCAGUGUAAAUAAAUAUGGGCUGUACCGAGCACAGUCACGCAUCAGAAGAGUCGAGUCGCCUAUCGCGAAUACUAGAUGAGUUUGUUCUUCCGUACCUCAUAGAUAGAUGACUAGAGAAAGAAAGAGGGGGAAAGAGAGACGGAAAGAGACAGAUCGUGUCGUCUAGAUGAUGCAGACCGUAUGUUCGUUGCACUUUUGUCUGCACUUGUGAACUCUCUCAUUGUUGCAAGCCAAGUAAUUAACAAGGUUCGACAAUUUUGUUUUCUUUCUCUCUUUCGAAGUUUUCAAAGGCUCAUAAAUGAAUCGAAUAGACUUUGAAAUACUCCACGGAACGUGUUCUCGUUGUAUAGUUGAACUCUAUUAACGAUGCGUAGCUAAUUUCUCUGGCGAUUAGGAAGUCUAUCGACGACGAGUUACGCCUUUGAAGCAAUGAAAAAAACGAGGACGUGUUCGUCGUUUCUGGUUGUUAAUCGAUUUCUUCUUUCUGUAUCAUUGUCGAAUAAUUUAUAUAUGUGUGUUCGUAAUUAUGCUGGAAGAAAAAUUUGUCCUAUUAUGCGAAAUAAUUGCUAUACGUAUAACGCGAAAUCAAACUUUUUUGGUUAUUCUACUAGAAGGAAAACACAAGCGUGUACAUAUGUAUAUGAGAUGAACAUAAAGAUUCGAUAGCGCGUAACGCGAUCAAGCUCAUCGAGCCGAGUCGAGAAAUUGUUUACUCGAGGGUUGACGAGGAGGGGACUGUAGAAAUGACUCCCCGAGCGUCAUAAUAAAUGCGUUUAUUAAACAAGCUCUCUCUCUCUCUCUCUCUCUGAGAGGAUGUUGUCAGUCGAUCCAGCGAUGUCAGUGCGAACGAGACGGCGUUAUGACGCUCUUGCUACUCUCCCGCCACUAUUACUAUCGUCCUCGUCGUCGUCGUCGUCGUCAUUGUCGUUGCUACUCUUGGUGGUGGUUAUGCUCCGCUAAUCCGUUCUCCUUUUAAAGCCGUUGUCUUCCCCGUCGAUCGUUUAAAUGUCAGAACAAGGUUUAGUUAAGCGCGACGUGAGUGCGAAUGAGAUCAGUGCCAAACUAUAUGUUUACCCGUAAAAGUUCACGUACAAAUUAUUAUUAAUACAAGCUCGUUCGUUUUCUUUUUCUUUUUAUUUUCUUCUUUUUUUUUAAUAUUUUUUUUUCUUUUAUCAAAAGUUAGACAAAAAGUGCAACGAAAUUGAAAAAAGAAUUUGCCGAUUUUACGUUCGACGUUGUAUUCAACAUAGAAUAGUUAUUUCGAAUUUGGUAUUCGUCGAGGAAUUUCGAAGAAUUCGAAGCAUUUGGAUCGAGAACGACCGUGAAGAAUAGCCAGUCUUCUUCUUCUUCUUCUUCUUCUUCUUCUUCUUCUUCUCUCGCUUGUGCUUUUUUCCAGACGUUUUUUCUGAAACACGUUUUAAACUACACAACUAAGACUUCGGUCAAAGAGAAAGGAAGAAAAAAAAGGAAGAAAGAAAGAAAGGGGUAGACACAUGGAAGGUUUUCUAUUUCCGGCUCUAUCGACUCUCGACGAACGAAAGUUGGCGAAAAAGUUAGCUCAGUCUAUCUCCUCUCUUCGACGAUAUUAAUUUACAUCUCUUGUCUCUCCCUCUCUCUUUCUAUUUUCUUAUAUGAUUCCUCAAGAGAAAAUCAAUCGGAGAGCGUACAAUAAGAAUAUAUAGGAGUGUGAUAGACGAACCACAAAAGUAGAAAGCCGAGAAACGACGUGGCAUACCGCAAACUCACUUUUCUGAAAAUACGACGAAUGAAUAAAAGAAAUUAUAUUUACUGUACGAUUUAGUGGUAAACCUAUAUAUAAAGUGUAUUUAAAAAGGUACGAUGGUACCCAAGGGAUAAUAGAGAUACGUAAGAACCUCUCAUCGAGGAAGCCACGAACGAUACGAAUGUGAUAUCUUUUUUCUUUUUUUAUUUAUUUUUUCUUUUCUAUUACUAUUAUUUUUUUUCCUUUCUUCUUCGAGAAAGGAAAUUGUUUGAUGGUUGACGAAGAUGAUUUUUAUUAAGAGGAAAGUGAAACGAGUGAAAAUCGACUCGACGAUACCGAUAUCGGAGUGACUCUGCUAAGCAGCCGGUAACUUCGAUACUCGAAACCACCUGGUUGGUAAGAUUACACCUUGGGGAAACGCUUCGGCUUUUGCGCAAGUAGCCGAAGAGAAAGACGGAGGCGAGGAUACGGAAAAGGUAGAAAAUAACUGUUCGAAAAAAAAGCAAGAAAGAGAAAUACCGGUUGCAUCGGGACACCCGAUAGAAAGGGUAGAUCGGAAGAGACACCGACAUUCGAUUGUCGUAACUCGUAGAAGAAGGAUCGAUUUUUCUUUGAUCGAAACAUCUUCAUGAUCAUCGUUUCGCCACAGAUGGCGAAGUUUUUCUUCGUCGAUGCGACGAAGACCUGUUCGCAGGUGUCGAUAGUAGGAAGAAGUUAAAGAAGAAAAAAAAAGAAGACAUUGGCCGAAGAGAUCCCCGAGCCGGCUGGAAGCAUCCAGGACGAUGAGGAGAGUCGUCAGGAUGUCGUCCUUGAAUCUUCCUUUUUCCGUAUGAAGGACAUUUCUAAACAUGGAUUGGUUGUCGCGGUGCGUCUGUGGCUCGAAGAAGAAGGAUCUUGAUGAGGAAGAGAAUAGAACGAAGGAGACGAGUAAUAAGAAGAGUAAGAAGAAGUCGAAGAUAUCGGAAGAUUCUUCUUCUUUGAUUCCGAUCGGUAAUAUUUCUUUGAGUUGCGACGGCUCGCGUAACGUUGACGAGGUUAGAAAAGAGAACGUGAAGGAGAAGAAAGAUCAUCGUUUUGAGAACAGUCAAAUAUCAUUAAACGAGAAAGAUGAAAAAUUAGAAAGAACGAUCGAUCGAGAUGUUGAAGUUCCUACGAGCAAUGAUCUUCUCGAAUCUAAUUGGACGACUAACGAGGAAAGAUUCAGUCGCGAGAAUGAUUUCAAUAGAUUGAUCGAAAACGAAGAAGUUUGGUAUCGUACAGAUCACUCUGCAUAUAACGACUCGAGCAACGAAGAGGAAGAGGAAGAAGAGGAGGUGGAGGAGGAGGAGGAGGAAGAACAGACGGAGAUUCAUCAGUACAGCGAUGAUUCUUUGAGCAAAGAUUCCUCGAAGGAUAAUCGAUCGGUGGAGGACGAAGAAAUUUUUAGAAAAUCUCUCUCGAGAUCAACGACGGCGUCCGUCGGUACUUCUAGUCCUGCAUUCGACUUGUUAACCGGUGAAAGGCAAGAGGAUACCUUUUCGGAGAAUUCGUUGAAGGUUUUUAGAGCUAGAAGAAACGAAGAGAGGAUAUCAUCGAGGAUCAACUUUCCUAACAAGAGUCCUUGUAACGGUUACGACGUUAGAUCGAAGAGUCGAGAGAAAUCUCCGACGACAACGCACAAGAAAAAGAAGGAUAGAACUAGAAGAUCGAAAUUAAGCGGCGCCGUUGUUGAACGUUCCAUCUUAGUUUCUCAAAAUAAAUCUAAACGAAAGUGCGAAGAAAAUGGUGUCUCUAUCCUCGGUGAAAUUAACAAGUUUGGAUUCGACGAAUCAUUAACCGUGAAAUCGGCUACCUUCGAUAAGAAAGAUAUUAAAAAGAAGCUGAAUUCUUGUAGCUUCGAAGUGAGACUUCAAGAUGACGAGGAUCGUCAAAGAGAGAGAGGAAGGAAUAAGGGAAGGGAAGGGUCCAUGAUACCAAGACCUUUUUCUCAUAAUCGUAUCAAAGGGGAAAUGAUAGCUCGUGUUAAGUCGGAAAAGGAAGAAAACGGUCGCGUUCAUUCGGCUAUCGUCUCUGGUGUCAAUUGGGAGCAACGCACCGUAACUGUAGAAUGGUUCGAAAAGGGGGAAACCAAAGGGAAAGAGGUGGAGAUCGAUGCAAUUCUUGCCUUGAAUCCCGAAUUAAAUAAAAAGACGAUGGGACCACCGCAGAUGAACAAUGUGGUAGAAUUAGUAGCGAAGGACUCUUCCGGCGAGGAGGAUGAGGGGGUUGACGAGUUGGAGAACCAAGAGGAGGGUUCACUAGGACGGCAUGGCGGUCACACCGCAAGAAACGGCCUUACAUCCGCAACGCUUCCUGUACGAGUCACAUCUCGUCUUUCGUACUCCACGAGACCGUCUGUUCCAGUAAAAGUGAAUACGAGACAAACAUCACGACAAACAGGUCGACCGACAAACAUUAUGGCUCCAGUAGCUUCGGUAAAUGGUCAUGGUGAUUCCGUUUCUGGAUUGACGGGAAGACGAGAAUUGGAGAACAUACCACCAACCCCGAUGACACCGUUAAACGUUACGGCUGCGACUCAAAGCAAGCAAAAGCAAACUCAGCUGCAACAACAACAACAACAACAACAACAGCAGCAGCAACAGCAGCAAGCACAGCAACAGCAGCAGCAAGCACAAAUGGAGAAUGGCAGAGGUAGACGAUCCAAUGUCGUUAAGGAAGUGGAGAGACUGAAGAAAAACAGGGAAGAAAGGAGACAACGUCAGGCGGAACUUAAAGAAGAGAAAGAGGCUUUGAUGAAUUUAGAUCCAGGCAAUCCUAAUUGGGAAUUUCUUGCCAUGAUUAGAGAGUACCAGAGUAGCAUUGAAUUCAGGCCGUUGCGAGAAACCGAUACCGUUGAGGAUCAUCAGAUCACUGUAUGCGUAAGAAAACGACCAUUGAAUAAAAAGGAAGUGACACGAAAAGAAGUCGACGUUAUCAGUGUGCCCAGUAAAGAUCAAAUGGUAGUUCACGAACCAAAAGCCAAAGUAGAUUUGACGAAAUAUCUGGAAAAUCAGAUCUUUAGGUUUGAUUAUGCUUUCGACGAAACUUGUAACAAUGAGAUAGUCUACAAGUACACGGCGAAGCCGUUGGUGCAGACAAUUUUUGAAGGUGGUAUGGCUACAUGUUUCGCUUACGGACAAACUGGUAGUGGAAAAACACAUACCAUGGGCGGUGAUUUUAAUGGUAAAACGCAGGACUGUAAAAAGGGUAUAUACGCUAUGGUCGCUAAGGAUGUCUUCAAAUGUCUUAAAAUGGCGAAAUAUCGUCCAUUAAAUCUAGUUAUCUCUGCUAGUUUUUUUGAAAUCUAUUCUGGAAAAGUAUUCGAUCUCCUGGCGGAUAAAGAAAAGCUAAGAGUGUUGGAGGAUGGGAAACAACAAGUUCAAAUAGUCGGACUAACAGAAAAGGUUGUAGAGACAUGCGAUGAAGUAUUAAAAUUGAUACAACAUGGUAACAGUGCUAGGACGAGUGGACAAACGAGUGCAAACUCCAAUUCUUCGAGGUCGCACGCGAUAUUUCAAAUAAUAGCACGAACCGCGGGUACUCAUAGAGUACACGGGAAAUUUUCUCUUAUUGACCUUGCUGGAAAUGAAAGAGGUGCUGAUACUUCUUCUGCGAACAGACAAACGCGUAUGGAGGGUGCUGAGAUAAACAAGUCCUUGCUAGCGUUAAAGGAGUGUAUUCGCGCUUUAAGUCGUAAAGGAGCACACUUGCCUUUCAGAGCAAGUAAAUUGACUCAGGUGUUAAGGGACAGUUUUAUCGGUGAAAAAUCUAAAACGUGUAUGAUAGCGAUGAUUAGUCCUGGUAUGAGUUCUUGUGAGCAUUCCUUAAACACGUUAAGGUACGCAGACAGAGUAAAGGAAUUAGCUGCAACCGAUCCAACGGAGAUAAAAGUUUCACCUACGGACGAUGAUCGAGGAUUGAAGAUAGAAGAACAGGCCAACAAUAGUGUUCUCUCGGACAGUGAUUUAGCACAACUUCGAUCUUUGAAUGAAGGUGAACUUUCGCAAGACCUCUAUACUUUCCACGAAGCAGUUUCUGCUCUACAAUUGUUAGAAGAGGAGGUAUUGGAUACGCACAAAAUGGUAAUGGACAACACGACCAGAUUUCUCAAUGAAGCGCACAGCGUUUUCAGUGCAACUCACGAGGUGGACUACGAUCAAGAAGAUUCGCGCUCUAAGACUAAGGCAAAUUCGAUCUUCACGUUAAGCCGGAGCUGGGGAAGCAGCAAUACGACAUUAAAUACAACGAUUAUGAUAAACGACAGUACGAACGACACUUCAGAUAACAAUAUACAACAGGAUAUGUAUGCAACCAAUAAAACGAGUAUCAAGAAUACACUGAAAUCUUCUUCGAAGGACGAAAGAAAAUGCAAAAGUGAUACGAGUUCCAACUCUACCGAGAAUGAUAUAAUUAAUAAUAGAAUGACGCAUGUAGAAUCGAAUAAUAUAAAGACAAAAAGUACAGGUACCGUUACGUUGAAAAAGACGAUUAAUAAAAGUUCGUCGGUGGUAGGAUUUCGUUCAACAAAAUCGAACAUGAAUCAACGUGCUAAGUGGGCUACGUCUGGAAAAAAGAAAGCAUCGAAAUAUCAUUGGUCCGGUACUUUUUCCGAUCGAUCCAAAAAAUAUAAACUUUUUAAUGAUAGAAAAUAUAUAUAUUUGCCACGUGAUAGUAAUAGGAGUCCGUGCGAAGCCUUGACUAUAACAACGUGUAAUAAUAACUCUAAUAUUUUCAAGGAUAAGCAACCAGUGACAAAUACGAACAUCUUUCACUCAAAUGAAUUUGCUUUAAAUGAUCGAGUCUUUAAGAGCAUUGAAAAAACGGAAAAACAAUUAUUUAAUAAUAAUUAUCAGUUUCCCGUCAACUGUCCUACAGAAGAUUUUGACUUAUAUAAUAAUAUCAAAACUGGUCAGGACAAUAACAUUAAAGAAGAUAUAUGUUCGACUUAUGACAUUUAUUCUGAUCGUAAUAUAAAUUCGAGAUACAGAAUGAUGCAAGAAGAUGAAAAACCAAAUGUUAUUACAGAGAACGUACAGAAGAACGACUUCUAUAUAUCUAACAACAGUACUAGUUUUACCGGAGAUAACAAAUUUUCUUCUAUUAAUGUUAGAGAAGAUCUAGUAUCUUGCAACAUUUUUGAAUGUUGUAGAAACUCGGCCAAAUGUUGGGUCAAUUCGAAACUUAAAGAUAAAACAGCUCAUUUUAACAAACAGGCAGGCUCUCCUAUUGUUCGACCAUUUUAUCGAAAAUUAUCAAUCUUUAUCUUCAUCGUUAUUAAAAAUAUCAUUUUACUUUCAUUCUUGCCGAUCGUUUACAUUGCCUUUAUUAUGUAUGUACAAAGUAGGCAAGAAUGAGAGUGCAUUGCUAUUAAUUUGAGCGGAGAAAUCCUAAUGCAAUCGUUUGAAGUAAACAUCGAACAACGAUUUUAAUUUAGUGAUUUAGAAUCGUAAGAUUUAUCUUUUUUUUUUCUUUUUUUAGAAUUGAUAAGUCAAAUUAUAUUAAAUCACUAAGUGAUAAACAUCAAUAUCAUUCAAUCGCAAACAUAUAACGAUAUAUAGUAUUGAAAUUAGUAUUAUUUGUACAACUGGAAUGCUUCGGCAGAAAUUUUAAUUUAAUAACCAAAUACAAAUUUUGAGCAUUUGACUUUUCUACUUAAGUUUGGCUGCAUGCACGCGAAAAUUUUGUCAGUCGCUAAUUGUUUUUUGUCUUUCUUUCUCUUUCUCUUUCUCUCUCUCUCUCUCUCUCUCUCUCUCUCUCUUUCUCUCUCUCUCUCUCUUUUUCUUUAUGUAUAAUUAUAACAAAAAAAUUCAAGGUUUUCUUAAGUUACAUUCCAAUUUUUUAAAUGGAUGUAUAUGUGAUUAUAUAUUUACAUUUGGUAUAAGAUUUUUUAUAAAUAAUUAAAAUUUUUUUUUGUUUAUACAAAAAAGAAAGCAUGUUUUCGUAAGAUGAUAUUAUUUAUAAUUCGUUUUACGAAACAUUAGGAAUUAUUAUAGUUAUAAGUCGUAUUUACGUUGCAAAUGUCCAUUUAAAUUCAUUCCAGAAAAUGCACUAUUAUAAUCAUUGAAAUCAUUUACUACCGAACUUAAACUUGCAGCAACAAAAAAAAGAAAAAAGAAAAUAAAGUCAUAAGAACGAAAUAAAAUAUAAGCAAUGUGCAAAAUUAA